AUGCCUGGGCAAUAUCCUCUAACGAUUCCAACUUUUUUGCAACCACUCAUUCAAGCAUGGUCUGUCUGGAUUAUGACCACAUUUUUCUCAAUUCCAGUAGCCUUCUUCUACAUGUUUUGGGAUUUUCCGUCCUGGUUGUUGCACACCGUCUUACCAGAGAAACCAAAAGUUAUUUUAAUCACGGGAGCAAGUUCUGGAAUUGGUGCGGAAUUGGCUAAAACAGUGAUGCUCACCUUAUGUUUGUUCGUUUUUUAUGGAUUAGAACGUCUGCAAAAAGUGGAAGAUCGAUGCAAAAACAAUGGUGCGAACGUUGAAAUUUUAGAGUGUGAUAUUGCAAAUACUGAGCGCUUGAUUACGAUUUUAAAUGACUUUGAUCAAAGGCAUCCUAUUGAUUUGAUUUUCGCGAAUGCGGCUCAAGCAGGUGCAACUAUAGAUGAUGAGCACAAGAAAAGAUGGGAGGAUUCAUGGAAAAGAGUUAUGGCAGUUAACUUAAUCGGUACAGUGACCACAAUUAUGACAGUCUUUAAAAGAAUGAAAGGACGUCAUCGAGGUCAAAUUGCAAUCACAUCAUCUAUUGCUGGUUAUUUUGCUGCCCCGCAAAUGUGCUAUUACAACGCCACCAAAUCAGCACUGAACUCGUUCGGGCGCGAUCUUCGUUACCUUGGGCAGUCUUAUAACGUUAAAGUAAACGUGAUCAACCCCGGAUUUAUUACCUCGCAAAUGACCUUGGACCAGGCCCAGCCAUUGGCAUUGCCCGCUUUUUUAUUGGCUAAUCCAAUGAAACUCGCCAAUGUUAUCAAAUGGCAAUUAGACCAAAAUAACGAUUUGAUUACUUGGCCAUUCUGGGAAUUUUUACCUAUUUUCGCAACGAAUACUUUACCGCCUAGAGUAUUAGAUACUGUUAUUUUUGUCAUUGGUCGUUUUUGGGGAUACUUCACGAAGGUUGGCGAUCGAGCCUUCACUUAA